CUUGCAUACCAGCUGGAUACCACUACUCUGCACUUACAAUUACACUUGUACCUACAAUUGCAAUUAAAAUUGUAACAAAGGAGUCAAGAUGUCGUUAAUACACGCACUUGUAGCGAGAGGGAAUGUCAUUCUCGCAGAAAACUCCGAGGGAAGGCGGGAUUUCUCCCAAGCCGUCCAAACGAUCCUUUCCAAGAUCCCGCCUAACAACAGCAAGCUCACCUAUGUGUGGGAACAGUAUCUCUUCCACUACGUCUCCGAGGGCGGGCUUACCUUCCUCGUGAUGGCGGACGACAGCGUAGGGCGGAGGAUGCCCUUCGCUUUCCUCGCGGAGCUGCAACGGAAGUUCACAACUGCUUAUACUCCGGAAGUGAUAUUUGAUGUACCGGCUUAUGGCUUGAACGAGUUUUCUGAAGAGAUCGGGAAGCUGAUGCACCAAUACUCGACCUCUCCCCCUCCCGAUGCGCUCUCCCAAGCCCAGUCCGACCUUCAGUCCGUAAAGAACAUCAUGGUCCAGAACGUGGAGCAGAUCCUGUCCCGCGGAGAGCGUAUCGAGCUCCUAGUCGACAAGACGGACAACAUGGCCGGGCAAGCGUACGCCUUCCGCAGGGGGGCAAGGAACGUCCGACGCCAGCAGUUCUGGAAGAACCAGAAGAUCUGGGUUCUGAGUUUCGUCGUUUUGCUCAUUAUCGUUUACCUCAUUACGGCCGCCUUCUGCGGCGCCGGGUUCAACCAUUGCAACGGCUGAUCCUGCGAAUCAGCCUUGUACCAUAACCCCGUUUCACUGUACUCUAUGCCAUCUCGGAAUAUAAGGACAUAAAA